UCCUUUCUUUCCCAGAGUCAUUCUUGUGCUUUCGUUCCGGUUUGGGGUUUUUAGGGUUUUUCUUCUCUCUCCCAUUUGUGUCUCAGAAAAGCCUUUAGACGCCAUGACUGCGCAGACACAAGAGGAGCUUCUAGCUGCCCAUCUUGAGCAGCAAAAGAUCGAUCCUGAUGAGCCCGUCGUUGAAGAUGAAGAUGAUGAUGAUGACGACGAUGAUGAAGAUGAUGACAAGGAUGAUGAUGAUGCUGAGGGACAAGAAGAUGGGGAUGCAAGUGGUAGGUCAAAGCAGAGUAGAAGCGAGAAGAAGAGUCGCAAGGCAAUGUUGAAGCUUGGAAUGAAACCCAUCCCUGGUGUUAGUCGAGUAACUGUUAAGAAGAGCAAGAAUAUUUUAUUUGUCAUCUCUAAACCGGAUGUUUUCAAGAGCCCGACAUCAGAUACCUAUGUAAUAUUUGGCGAAGCAAAGAUAGAGGAUUUGAGCUCACAACUUCAAACUCAAGCCGCAGAGCAGUUCAAGGCACCUGAUCUCAGUCAUGUGAUCUCCAAGCCAGAGUCUUCGGCCAUGGCUCAGGAGGAUGAAGAGGUGGAUGAGACAGGAGUGGAGCCCAAGGACAUAGAAUUGGUGAUGACACAGGCAGGAGUUUCAAGGUCGAAAGCUGUCAAGGCUCUAAAGGCAUGCGAGGGUGACAUUGUUUCUGCCAUCAUGGAGUUAACAAACUAAGUGCGUCUCUCCGGAUGACCACUUCGGCUUGUGAUGAUUAAACAGCUUUCUCUGUCAGUGUUUUUCUGAGGUUGCAAAUCGUUGGAAAGUUUUUUUUUGUUAUUUCUCGAAUCCAUCUCUCUUUUUAUUUUGUGUUGCAUUAGUAACUUAACUCUCUAAAGAUCUUUUUAUGUCGUUGGUUUGCAAAUUAGAUUCAUGAGAUUUCCAGAGAAAAGAAAAAUAUUUAGAUUCAUGAGACUGAAAUUUCAAUA